AUGGGAAAAGCUGUGAGAUAUAAAGGCGAGACAGAGGGAAGCGGAGAGGGUAAAGCGAAACCAGAGGGUAGGGAGUCGCCAGCUGCCAAAAUCGUUCACACGGGUACCGAAAAAGGAGAAGAUGAAAUGUGUUUCACGAGCGGAGCAGACCAGAGUCGCCGGCACCGGACCGCUUUCACACGGGAGCAGUUGUCCCGCCUUGAACAGGAGUACUGCAAGGAGAGCUACGUGUCUAGACCCAGAAGAUGCGAGCUGGCAGCAGCGCUGAACUUGCCGGAGACAACCAUUAAGGUUUGGUUCCAGAACCGUCGGAUGAAAGACAAGAGACAGCGGCACACUCUGAGCUGGCCCCACCCACUGGACCCCAGCCUUUAUGCCUACAUGAUGAGCCAGGCUGCGGCCAGCCUUCCGUACCCCUUCUUACCCCACCUUCCCCUGCACCUCUACUCUCACCUGGGAGCGGGGGGCUCUCCCACGGUGCCCAGCCCAUUCGGGAGGCCCCCGGACUCCCUGCACCUCCCUCACCCCCCCUACCCCAGGCACGAGCUUCUGAGCGGCCUCACGCAGACCCCCCUCUACCCCCCCGCCCACGUGAUGCACCAUCCCUCCACCUGCCUCUGCGCCAUCUGCCUGCACUGGGGACCGGACCACCUGCGCAAAACCAGGGGGGAGGCCCUCCUCGGCCUGAGCCACCCUCUCAACCCCAAGCCCGCCACUGUGGACCUGGACAGGAGGGAGGACAUGCCUUUGCCAAAAUGA